UUGUUGGGUAAUUAUCCGGCGACUUAACCGAUAGUUGACUAAUCAAAGACGAUUAUUGGCCAAAUCUAUCAAAAAAAGUCAUCUGAUCGAUAUAUAUUAGUUCUUACUAUAUGAUGACAUUAGAACUCAAAAUUUGGCGGCUAUAGUUAAAUUAGGAGUGAAAAUGCUAAACUUUAAUUUAAUCGCUGCUAUUAGUGAAAAUUUCGGUAUUGGUGUGAAAGGUGAACUACCAUGGCGUCUAAGGUCAGAGCUCAAAUAUUUUUCAUCUACUACAAGACGACGUUUAGAUCGAAAAAAACAGAAUGUUGUUAUAAUGGGACGAAAAACUUUCUUUGCUAUACCUGAAGAUAAGCGUCCUCUAUCUGAUCGGCUAAAUGUAGUAUUAAGUACAACGCUUAAUACCACAGACCUACCAGAAAAUGUGUUGCUUUAUCCCAACCUGGAAUCGGCAAUGCAACAUUUAGAACAAACUGAUUUAAGUCAACAAAUAGAAACUGUAUGGCUUAUUGGGGGUGGUGGAGUGUAUAAGGAGGCCAUAGUUUCACCACGUUGUAACAAAAUAUAUUUAACAAAGAUCCUUCGACAAUUUGAGUGUGAUACUUUUUUCCCCGAGAUUCCAGCUGAUUUUCAAGAAGUGAAAUUGGAUCAAGAAAUACCAAUGGGAAUACAAGAAGAAGGUGGUGUACAAUAUGAAUAUAAAAUAUUGGAGAAACGAAAAAGAAAAUAAAUAAAAUUUAUUUUGUGUUUA